AGAGGCAGUAGAGCCAUAUCAAUGAUUUCAAGCUCUGCGUUGUUGGCUGGGUGGUGUCUUCCUCGGAGGCGGCUCCGGCGACGGCGAGGCUGCACUAUACGGCUGGGGAAUCGACGGCGGGGGUUCUGCCUUGGAUCACGGCCGGUGGUUCAGUGGGGGGUCAUGGGGCCUCUGAGGAUGUUGAAGAAGAUGAUAAUGGAGAUUGCUCCAAAGGGACAGUUCAUUGAGGUAUAUUGUAGGUAUCUGCCAUUACUGCGUCCCCAGCUCUUUCCCCUUUGUUGA